CAGCUGUCUCUGUUGGAUGCCUGGGACAGAUUUUAUGCAAAUGCUUGUGUGACUCACUUAUGAAACUGGUUGAAUCUAGUGUUCAACAUUCUCAUGUCAACAACUAGACUGAAAUAUUUCAUUAUUUUGGUGAAGAAUGGUUGUGGCGGGACAUACCAAAUUACAUCGACCAAGGCUACAUGGAUUAUCACCCAGGGCCCCGGUCAGGCAGCUCUGCCUGGGGAGACAGCAAUGGAACUCUUUGGCUGUUUGAUGGUCACACGUUCUGGGACAUUCAGUCGGAUCGUGACCCCGUGUUGCUGAAUGAUUUGUGGAUUCAUCACACCAAGGAAAAUAUCUGGAAACUCACCCAUUCAGGUUGGCAGAGCAGAGCAACGCGGGCCCCACCGUUUCUCGAUGCACCAAAGCCUCGCUAUGGUUCUGUCUCGUGUGGGCUCCCAGGAAUGCUGUUUGUUGUUUACGGUGGGGCCGAGGAGAGUGGGCAAGUACUUAAUGACACUUGGGUGUUCUACCAGAAACAAAAACGGUGGAUUAAUCUGAACAGGGUCCAACAAGAUACAACAAGUUCACCUCCAUCUCGACGGUCCUCUGCUGUCUGGUGUUUAAGGGAUCGCAUGGUCAUGUUUGGUGGCCGUGAUCAGAGCUCGCUGCUCUCUGAUAUGUGGACCUUCUCACUAGAAAGCCUUGCUUGGUCCCCAAUGCUGCCAUCAUUGGGACCAGGGAAGCAUUCACAUCUGCCAAAGGCACGCAGUGAUGCCACGACAUGGGUUGGCCGUGGAAAUAACAAUGAGCUCUACAUGUUUGGUGGGAAUACUGUCGACCCCUUCACCCAUCGCAAGCUGAAGAAUGCUGGUUACACAUCAGACCUGUGGAUGUUUUCCCUAGACAAUGCAACAUGGUCUUGUCUGUCUGGCUGUUUGAAUGUUCCUGCAUCCGGUUCUCGGUCAAAAUUUGAUGCACCAAGACCCAGCAGCUCGGACACUGUCCCGAGAAGAUUCUUGAACUGUUUAAGGAUAAAAGAGUAAAGGGGCAGCGAGUAAGAACCCCGCUUCGGUUAUGAAUGACCAUGGGAUUGCACCUAGAAAGUUGCCCUCUGAGGCAAAAGUCCGUUGAAGGUUAUUUUAUGAAAGUCCAGCAGUCACCCAUGCGUUCCGGCCCCUGCCCUCUCCAUGUUAUCCAAGGGAAUGGCAAACGGGGACAGACACAGCUUGGCACCAAUGACAUUGCAACUCAUUUCUACAGCUGAGUGAACAGAAGCAACGCGAAAUAAAGAGUUUUGCUCAAGGACACAACAUACAUCCUGGGAAUCGAACUCACUACCUCCUGAUUGUGAAGCCGACGCUCUAAUCCCUCAGCCAUUCGCCCAACUUGACCGAAUUCUCAGUUUUCUGCAUGUUUUUUACACAAAUUCUCGAGUUGUCUCCCUUUGAUCGUAAUUUUUUUCACUCGAUUUUAUUCAUUAGUCUCGUUCAUUCAGCUGACAAAAUUGAGCAAAACACUUCAUUUCUCGUUUGCUACAGUCCACUCGGCUGGCAAACAGGGCUAUUUCCUGCAAUGGACUCUAUCCUUAGGAAUGGAUGUUAUGGUUUUUGCUGACUUAUUCACCAUGGAAACAAGAUAACAGACCCACCACCACCUCCGUGGGUCCUCGAACUCAAAACAGCAUUUAAUCACUGCCAAUUAGCGAGCAAUAAACACAAAACUAUGAGCUCCCUCCACUGAUCUUUGGUCCUUACGGGGGGGGGGGGUGUAGAGUCACAUGAUAUGGUCCCCUCUAAAGCAUACUUGCAGGAUCAAGCAGUUAAUAUUAUUUAUGAAGAGGUUUGGCAGCUGGCAGAACCGUUGGCACACCGGGUGUAACGCUAAGUGGUAUUUCGUCUGCCACUACAUCCUGAGUUCAAACUCCGCCGAGGUCGACUUUGUCUUUCAUCCUUUCAGGGUCAUCUAAAUAAAUAAAUACCAGUUACGCACUGGGGUCGAUGUAAUUGAU